AUGAAGGGCCUCAGCCGCCUUGAUGUCUUCCCGAAAUUCGACACGCGGUUCGAGCAGGAUGCUCGGCAGCGUACGGCGCUUGGUGGCGUUCUCUCCAUGGCGUCCAUUCUCAUAAUUACUUUCCUCGUCGUGGGUGAGAUUCGCUAUUUCCUCUCCACCGUGGAACAGCAUGAGAUGUACGUUGAUCCGCAUAUCGGCGGUAUCAUGCACAUGAAAGUAAACAUUACGUUCCCACGGGUGCCGUGCGACCUCAUGACAGCGGACGCCAUUGAUGCCUUUGGUGAGUAUGUAGAAAAUGUUGUGACGGAUACUGCCAAGGUGCGUGUGGAUUCAAGUACGCUGAAGCCUCUCGGUAAGGCACGGCAACUGGUCGAUUUGAAGAAACAGCCGACGAAUGGUAAUGAAACGGGCAAUGAGAACUGUCCAACUUGCUACGGGGCAGAGAAGAACCCAGGGGAAUGCUGUCACACCUGUGAUGAUGUGCGGCGAGCUUUCGCGGAGCGCCAGUGGGAGUUCCACGAAGACGAUGUCAGUAUCGCGCAGUGUGCACAUGAGCGCCUGAAGGUAGCGGCAGACAGCGCGUCUGCGGAGGGGUGUAACUUGCACGCCUCCUUUAGUGUUCCGCGAGUGACGGGAAACAUUCAUUUCGUACCUGGGCGUAUGUUCAAUUUUUUUGGUCAGCACCUGCAUAGUUUUAAAGGGGAAACAAUACGAAAACUGAAUUUGAGUCAUAUUGUACAUGCGUUAGAGUUUGGCGAGCGGUUUCCAGGACAAAACAACCCCAUGGACGGGAUGGUGAACGCGCGUGGGGUGAAGGAUCCAUCUGAGCCACUGAUUGGCCGUUUCACUUAUUUUGUAAAAGUUGUGCCUACGCUUUACCAAGUCGUUUCAAUGGCCAACACUGGGAACUUAGUGGAAUCUAACCAGUACUCCGUCACGCAUCACUUCACUCCGAGUUGGGCCGCCCCCAAGGAAGGCGAGACGGACAACCCCAACAGCGAUCCGCUGGUCGUGCCGGGAGUGUUCAUAUCAUACGAUAUCUCUCCCAUUCGCGUCUCAGUCACGCGUACGCACCCAUAUCCAUCCAUUGUGCAUCUGGUGUUGCAAUUGUGUGCCGUGGGCGGUGGCGUUUACACGGUGACCGGCCUUAUUGACUCCCUCUUCUUCCACGGUAUUAAGCGGGUUCAGGAGAAGAUAAACAGAGGGAAGCAGUUUUGA